UCAAGGCGCUCCAACCCUCGCACUAUCAUCAGGGAAGUCUCUAGAUUUAUCCACUGCUACUACUGUUUUAGCCCUCUGCACGUUCGGUGAGCUGCUGUUUGUUUGAGGUAACAUUGUUGAUCGCCAGUCAAAUUGGAUGAGGUGUCGUGUAUAGGUUUGCCAUCAACAUCAGGAAAGCAGGGACCAUGAAUAAGAAGGAGAAACCGGAGGCAGAGAACCGCCCAGACAACACUGCGUUCACGCAGCAGAGACUUCCAGCAUGGCAACCCAUGCUAUCAGCGGGGAUUGUCAUCCCCCUCUUCCUCAUCAUUGGCCUGAUCUUCAUUGGCAUUGGGGUGGCUUUGUUUGUCACAUCCAGGGACCUGCAGGUUCUGGAGAUGGACUACACCGGGAUGGAGCAAAACUCGCCCUGCUUCUCCUGCUCAGAUCCAGACCAAAAAAACUGCAAGUGCACCCUGGACUUCAACCUGGACAAGCUCUUCGAGGGCCCAGUCUUCUUUUAUUAUGCCCUGACCAACUACUUCCAGAAUCAGAGGAGCUAUGGCGUGUCCAAAGACGACUAUCAGCUGUCUGGAGACUUGGAUAAUUUUAAGGAUCCAGAUUCAACUUGUUCUCCAUACCGAUAUGACUCUAACAACAAUCCCAUUGUACCCUGCGGCUCAUUAGCAAACAGCAUGUUCAAUGAUACAUUUAAACUUUAUCAGCUGGUGGCCGGGACUAAAAAGGAGGUGCCUUUGGAUGGAAAAGGGAUCGCCUGGUGGACCGACUACAACAUCAAGUACAGGAACCCAUCUGUGACUCCACUCAAGAACGCCUUCAACGGUACUGUGAAGCCCCUGUUCUGGCCCAGGCCUGCAUACGAGCUGGACCCCACCGACCCGGCCAACAACGGCUUCAUCAAUCAAGACUUCCUGGUGUGGAUGAGACGCGCCGCCCUGCCCAACUUCAGGAAGCUCUACCGGCGAAUUACUGAGGGGGACUACAGCACGGGGCUGCCCGAGGGGAACUACUCUCUGGAGAUCAGCUACAACUACCCAGUUCUGAACUUUGACGGGAGGAAGAAGGUGGUCUUCACUAACGUCUCAUGGAUGGGGGGCAAAAAUGAGUUCCUGGGUAUCGCUUACCUGGUGAUCGGCUCUCUGUGUAUUGUCAUGUCCGUGGUCAUGCUUAUCGUCUAUGCUAAGUUCAAGUUUCCCGAAGAAGAUUAGAAGUUUAAACUGCCAAUGCACUCCCGGAAUAAAGCCAUAGCGCAUAUAAUUUUUAUAAUUAUAAUUUUUUUUUUUUUUUUUUUUUUUUUAAGGAUUCACAUAUCAGCCUAAAAAUAAUUUGUCAAUAUAAGUAAGGAAUGAGUGACUUGAAUUCAGAAUGUAAAUGCAUAUAACAGGAUUUUAUAUUCUCUAAUGUUGGCUUAACAGGUAUUAUGGUGGGAUAAUACCUGUUGUUAAUAGAAAUUAUUGUUUUACACAAAUCAAGAAGCAAUUUGAAAAAUAUGUUGAAAAUUACAGGAAGUAGAAAGUUCUAAAAUCUAUUCAUGCCAUGUCUAGGGAAAAUUCUAUCCAAAACAUACUCACACUUUACACAAAAGAAACACAUUGUUUUUAAUACUUUAAACAUUAUUUCAACAAUUUAUAUAUUAUUUAUUAUUUUUAUUUGUCAUAUAAUAAUUUCUGUGUAGCAGAGUUUUGUCCAGGUGUACAAUAUGGUUGCUAGGUAACAGAAGAUUUAUUAUUCCUCAGUGUGUUGAUUGAUUUCUAAUGAGAACGUAGCAUCAAUCACCACCUAGAAACUACCAAACUGGGGAAAAAAGUGAAAGUUAGUGCUAAAUCUUAAAUAUAAAAGCUUAACUGUGUUUUAGUAAAAGGAGUACCCUAACCUGUCAUUGAUACUUUAAGUCAUGACUUGAGAAAUUUUGAACUAUUUUAGAGAUUGUUUUUUGCAGAUUUAUUAGGUAUUUGUCUUCAUUCAUGCUUCAAGCUAAAAUAGUCAGUAAUGUUUUACCAUUUAGGAUAAAUCAAUAUUUUGAAACCAGCUAGAAACACAUUGAAUAAUGUCAAAUGUCAAGAUAAAUAAUUGAAUUUAUUAUUAUUUUUUUUGUAAUUACUGAAUGCUUGAUACAGAAAUCUCAGAUGCUUCAGGUUUAAGCCAUUUUGUUUGUGAAAAUGUGAAAUAUAUAAAAUGAAUAGGCUACCAGGUGAAUAUUUGUGCAGGCUCUUUCUCAGGAUCCACCGUGCCCUUUUGUGCCACAGGAUGCAGCCAUGACAGGAUCUGUGUGUAAAUGAUGUACAUGUGUAUAGCUCAGGGAUAUUGAAUUGGUGUUAAAUGAUUGUGUCAUUUUAUUCUCUAUUUAUUCAAUAAAAGAGUGUGGAAAGUACA